CAUAAGCUUCCCUAAAUGCAAUUCGCUAAGAACGAAAAACGACAACAACCGAAACAAAGCAAAAAAAAUAUAACUUCGUUUCUGUUUCCGCAACUUCGCAGUGGAGGGAGAGAAAAAAAAUCUGAGUCUUAUAUUCGCCGUUUUUUGCUGCUUGUGGUUAUUUUUCCCUUCCGUACGUUAUUCAUAUUUUAUCACCCUACGUCUUCGCCAAAAAGGGCGGGGACUGCUUUCAAAAAUUACAAGCAAGGAAAAAAAAAAACGCUUAAAAAAAAAAAGGAAGAUGGCGGCGCUGAGGUCCGCCGAGUACGCUAGCACCGGACCGGGGCCGCGGCCGAGGCCGGGGAAGAGGGACCGGAGAGGCAGGGUCCGGCCGGCCGGGGCCGAGGCGGGCGCCGGGGCGCCUCCGCGACAGCUGACGCUGGAGGAAGCGCGGUGCCCGGUCUGCCUGGAGAUCCUGCUGCAGCCCGUCACCAUGCCGUGCGGGCACUCGGUGUGUCUCCCCUGCUUCAGGCGGACCGUGGAGCUCUCCAGCCUGUGCUGCCCGCUGUGCCGGCUGCGGGUGUCCAGCUGGGCCCGCAGGCAGGCCCGGGAGAAGCGCCUGGUCGACGCCGAGCUGUGGGAGAGGGUCCGGCAGAGCUACCCCGAGAGAUGUCGGCGGAGGAUGGAGAGCAGUGGGGAGGCGGAGGCCUGCGUUGCAGACGGAAUAAUAUUCUGUAAACCUCGCAAGAUACAACAGGAGUACAAAAAACAAAUGAAGAACAAGCUGGAGGACGAGGAAGGUGCCUCAGUGGAGAUGAAUCACAAGUCCCUGGAGGAGGACCAGCAGAGGCUGGAAAGCCCGAGGAAGACAAAGAGCUCCUGCAAUCCCGAUACAGUCUCCACAGUGACGGGCAGUGUGGAGCACGAGGUGAAAAAGAAAGUACAGUCCCACUGGAAGAAAGAUGAAUGUGGAACGCUAAAGUGCUUUCAGGAACCUUUCGCUGUGACCGUGUCAGACUCGGAGGAUGAAGAAAAGAAGAAGCUGCGACUGCAGAGGAGGAGAGAGGGUCUGGGGUCCCUGCAGCUCUCCGAGGAGCCUCGGGCUGUGGUGUUAUCCGACUCUGAGAAUGAAGAACCGAUGGGGGGCAGGACCAAGCACAUGUCUGCAUUUAAGAAAACCAGGAACUCGCCAGCGUGUAGCAAAAGGGUGCAGACGCUUGUGAGGCAGAGGAGCAGGAGCUGCACAGAUCCUGAAGAAGGCCAGCUGAAGAGCAGUUGCCUGUCGCACGUUGCUGCUAUGGUCAAGACGAAUGUAACGUACAGUACCAAUGCAGGAAUCCUGCUGUCCUCCGAAAACAGCUGCUCUUUCUCGGCGCCGAUCUUGACUCCCGACAAGAGGCAGAGUGGGCGCUCGGGAGCGGGGCCCCCCGCCCCACUUGCAGGCCCCCCAUCCAAACCGGAGAGGUCCAUCAGCCCCGAGAGCAACGACAGCAUCUCCGAGGAGCUGAACCACUUCAAACCCAUCGUCUGCUCGCCCUGCACCCCCCCCAAGAGGCUGCCGGACGGGCGAGUGGUGGAGGCCGCGAUUGUCAAGUCCACCCCACGAAACAUAAGUCGCAGCCUGCAGAAGCACACCAGCUACGAGGCCAGCCCCACCAUCCUCCAGAAGUGGAAGCAAAUCGAGAUGGACCGCCAGAGCACAAAGGCAGCAUCUAAAGGAACUAUCACAAGCUCUCCUGCCGAGGAGUUCCCUCUCCGGCAGAGCCCAGAGGGUGUCGCUUGCCAGCCAGCGAGUGCCAAGAAGAAGACCCCAUCGGGCCACGCUGCUUUGGCUAAGGAAUCGCUGAACAGAAGUCUGCCUGCUGCUGUGCCCCAGGCUGAUGGCUCGGGGCACGAGAAGGGGAAGGCCUCAGCGGGCAACAAACGAAGGCUGGUAUUUGAUCAGCCCGUGGAAGAAGGCGGCGGCAGUGGAAGCCAGCCGGAUGACGUGCGCAGCCCCCACGUGGUCCAUCCGGCCCGGGGGGAUCCGAGCAGCGCCGCGGGUCAGAAGCCCGGCUCACAGGGACGAGGCGCUGAUCCGGGGGAGCCGCAACACAUGUUCAGGAAUGCUCCACUCGUAUAG